UUGAAGCAAGGAGAUAUCGAGACUGGUUAUCUAAACUGUAAAAAUGAAUAAGCUUUUAUGCGCUGUGGUAUUUUUGGUCGCUGUUAUCACUUUGGGUGUCAACGGCAAAACGGGAAAGAAAUCCGCAUCUCACUGGAAACCAAUAGGCAAGCAGUUUCAAUCUGCUAUUAACUCGAUGAAUCAAGAAGCCACAGCUAAAUUAAAAGAACAAGGCAACAGACACGAAAAAGCCAACCGCAGAGAUUUAACUUGGGGCAUAUUUCCAGGAACCAACUGGUGCGGAAAAGGCAACGUCUCCAAUGACAAUGAAGACUUGGGGUAUUAUGAGAAUGUGGAUGGUUGUUGUCGAACGCAUGAUAAAUGCCCAAGGAAUCUCGUGGCCAAGGAAAGCGGUUACGGAGUCACCAACCAUGGUGCAUAUACCAUUAGUGACUGUGAAUGUGAUAAGAUGUUUAAAGAUUGCUUAAAAGGCAUUUCUACGUUUCCAAAGUUGGUCGAAAAAGCCCUGGCUGGAACAGUUGGCAGUGCAUUCUUCGAUAUUCUAAAAAUGGAAUGUUUAGACAUUAACAACAAAGGCAUCGCAAACAUUGUGGCCAAUAAACCAUAUUAGUCACGUGACGAAAUGUAUUUUUGAGAUAUGCAUCAAAUAAAUAUA